CAAACAGCGUCACACAGAUUAGCGAGACAGACUGAGCUCCAUCAGCAACACAAGCCCCCAUGGAUCGACUGCUGUGUGACUGUGUGAUGAUAGCUGUGGCUGUGCUGCUGUGUGUGACUACACAGGUGUUCGGCCAGCUGUGUGACAGGCCCUGCCUUUGCCCCAGUUCUGUCCCCCAGUGCCCCUUGGGAGUCCCACUGGUGCUGGAUGGCUGCCGCUGCUGCCAGGUGUGUGCCCGCCAGCGAGGCGAGCCCUGCACUGAGAUGUUUCCCUGCGACAGCCAGAGAGGACUGCGGUGCGACUACAGCGCCAGCUUCCCUGGAGACGCUGGGGAGUGUGUCGGUCAGGAGGAUCUGCGCUGUGAAGUCAACGGCAUCACUUACCACGAGGGCCAGUCGUUUCAGCCCUCCUGUGACACUUACUGCCACUGCAGAGGUGGAGGGGUGAGCUGUGUGCCAGCUUGCCCUCUGACUGCCCGUCUCCCCACUCCAGACUGUCCCAACCCACAACAUAUCCGGCUACCAGGGAAAUGCUGCAAGGAAUGGGUGUGUGAAAACCUCGAGAACACGGUCAUUCAGGAUGCCAUCACAGCCAUGAGACCUGGCAGGUUGUGGCCAGCUCUCCCGAUGGAUCACCCUUUAAACAAACUGGUCCAACCGGCCUCUACCUGUGUAGAGCAGAGCACCCAGUGGAGCGCCUGUUCUCAGAGCUGUGGGGCUGGAGUCUCCACCCGGGUUUCUAACCAGAACCCAGCCUGCAAGCUGCAAAUGGAAACUCGACUUUGUAAAGUGCGGCCGUGCCACACAGUUCAGCCCGCCGCAAGGAAACCCAUGUGGGGACGGCAGGGACGCUGUAAAGCCAGCUACACGUCACCGGGCCCCAUUCGGCUCAUUCACCAAGGCUGCUACAGCACUCGUGCCUACCAGCUGCGGUACUGCGGACAGUGCACUGACUCCCGCUGCUGCACGCCUUAUCAAACCACCACCGCUGAGGUGACCUUCCACUGCCCCUCCGGCAGACUGAUACAGCGACCCGUGAUGAUGAUCCACUCCUGUGUCUGUCAUAACAACUGCCCCUACGCACCUUACAGUAACCCGGCUCUGUGGGGCUUCAGACCCUGAGCUGAGAUCGACCUCUGUGAGCACAGAUGCACCCAGAACAGUAAGACUUCACUGGUUCGGCUCACCGGGUGGAUACACGACUAAUUGUAGAUAAAAACUGUGAUUGAGUCAGGAUGAACGUCGAUUUUCACACAUGUAGAAUCUCAAUCUGCACUUAUUCACAACUCCUUUUUGCUUCCACACCUUGGGAGGCCAUUAUACUGGUGACACAGAAGUAAAAGAGUGCUUCACAGAAAGAAGAAAAUGCAAAGGAAUACAGGAGACAGAUAAGUUAAAACAAGAGGAAGUAAAUGUAUAACCCACAAAGUAAAAGUUACAGAAUCAUAAGUGGGUUUUAAGAAAAUUAUGCACUGAUUUGCCUUCUCUGAGACUCUUAUUUCUAGAGGUCAGAGGGCACAACAACUCAUUAAGUACAAAUCAAGUGGCAACCUCUGGGGCAAAAAAAAAAAAUGCAGCCAA